AUGUGGUUGUUGAUGAAGCUUCUGACAUAUGGGUUCAGUCUGGAGAACUGGGUUCUUGCCGGGCUGCAGAGCGGCUUCAUCAGCCAGCAGAGUCCUCCGCUCUGCUCCCCGUCCCGCCUGCAGCCGUCCUGCCCCCCCUACUGGAUGAUGUUCAGCAGCCCCCAGCAGAGCCGCCUGGCCAGCCGCCACUGCUCCGACUUCUGGGAGCCCACCCCCCGCCCGCGCUCCCACAGCCUCAACCCCGACUUCCUGCGCAGCAAGAUGGCCGUCUCAGACUCGGAGGAUGAUGGAGAGGGCGAUGCAGUGAAAGCCUGCUCUGUUGGAGGGUGUCCUGCUGCUCCAGGUGGGAGGGGUCAGAGGAGAGCACAGGCCUUCGUCCCUGACCUGCUGAACCCCCCCUCCUGCCUCAGCAGCCUGCCGCACCAGCGCAGGAAGAACCUCCGGCAGUGCUCCCUGUCAGUGCUGGACACACCCAAACAGCACAAGGCCAACACAGACAGCAGACCCCACAGCCACCGGACCCCCACUACCAGAGCCAACACAGUGGACCGCCUGCCCAGCUUCUACAGCCACAAGACCACAUACACGAGGCUCAGUCCAGACUCCUGCAGAGAAUCCUCUCCUGGCUGGGACUGGUCUGCAGACCUGCUGUCAGCUCUGAGCCCAGAGGAGAGGGAGCUGCUUGGGGCCGUCACUGCCCGGGGUUACCCCCUCCAUACCGUCAUCAUGGCCCUGCAGAGGACGGGCCGACAGACCCCAGAUCAGAUCCUGAGUUACCUGCUGGCCUGUGACCACCUGUGUCAGCUGGGUUAUGAUAAGAGUCUGGUGGAAGAAGCUCUAGAAAUGUUUCAAAACUCUGAGACAAAGGCAGAGGAGUUUCUUCAUCUGAUGAGUCAGUUCAACGAGAUGGGCUUCCAGCAGAACGCCAUCAAAGAGGUGCUGUUGGUCCAUGACAACCACCGGGAGCGCGCCCUGGAGGAGCUGAUGAUGCGCGUGGCCUGACGGAAGAUCUACACACACUCCAUAUCACAACUGAAACCAAAAAUCCGCUGUAGGAAUAAAUAUGAAGUCCAGUUGAUAAACACACAGAGAAUAACCCACAAUAUUAUAUCUGGAGCUGGACCUGGCCAAAAGUACAUUUACUGCAUUAUACUGUGUACAAUGAUGAUGAUUCCAUAUUGCACCCUUUCAGUCCUGUGUUUAUUAUGUGAACAUGUGAAAGUAUUCUCAUGCGACCUGAGUAGUUUGUAUUUGGGAUUACUUUAUUAAAGACAUGUCCACCGAGGCAGUGUGUUUUUUUUCUUUUUGUAAAUUGAAAACUUUAUUUUCUUUCUACUCCCUCUCUGCUUCCCACAGAUUGAUAACUGCAGCACAACAUGUCAUCAUCGCUGGUUAUUAAAGCAUAACUCCAAUCUCCUCAGUUUGUGUUAACCAGAGAUCUUAUUUCAGGCAUUUCAAUAUGCCAACUCAUUUCCGGGUUUAGGACUCAAGAGUUAACCAUCAGUGGAUGAACACUGUGCGAAGGACAAAGCAGGAAAUCCAUCUAUAGCCUGUGAUGGAUGUCUUGCCUCUUUGGAUUACUUUAGAACCAAAGCAG